CCCAGCAGCACUCAUCUCACACUUCGUCUCCUUUUCUUUCGCUUUCUAUCUCGAAUUGGCGAGAGGUAGAGGAGGAGGAGGAGGAGGAGUAGCAGAGGCGGAGACGCAGCUCGCACAUGAGGAGGUGUCGUCCUCCCAGCUCACCGCCGCCGCCGCCGCCGUCGUCGUCGUUGUAGCUUCCGGUGUUCUUCUUCCAUGAUUCACGAAGGCGGGCCAUGUCUCCCCUGCUUCUUGGAUUCCUCUGUUUGCUCUUCUUCUUCGCAGGUGAGGUGGUGGUGGCGGCGGUGGCCGCGGGGAGCGACGGCGCCGGCGCCGGCGGCGGAGACAGGGAGGUGCUGGUCGAGCUGAAGAGGUUUCUUCAGGCGAACAACAAGUUCAACCGGGGAGCUUAUGACAGGUGGUCGGAGUCGGACCCGUCGCCGUGCGGGUGGGCCGGCGUCACCUGCGACGGCGACGGCCGGGUGACGGCGCUGAACCUGUCGGGCUCGACCAUCAGCGGCGGCGCGUUCGGCAACUUCUCGCGGCUCACGGCGCUCACGUGGCUGGACCUGUCCGACAACAGCAUCGGCGGCGAGCUCCCCGCCGGCGACCUCGCCCAAUGCCGCGGCCUCGUGCACCUCAACCUGUCGCACAACCUCAUCGCCGGCGCGCUCGACCUCUCCGGCCUCACCGGGCUGCGCACGCUCGACGUGUCGGGGAACCGGCUCGAGGGCGGCAUCGCGGCCAACUUCCCGGCGAUAUGCGGCGACCUCGCCGUGCUCAACGUGUCCAGCAACAGGCUCGCCGGCAACGUCACCGCCCUCUUCGAUGGUUGCCCCAAGCUCGAGUACAUCGACCUCAGCUCGAACAACUUCACCGGCGAGCUGUGGCCGGGCAUCUCAAGGUUCACGCAGUUCAACGUCGCCGAGAACAACCUCACCGGCGGCGUCCCGGCAACCACGUUCCCCGGCGGAUGCAAGCUCCAGUCCCUAGACCUCUCCGCGAACCACCUCCUCGGAGGCUUCCCGGAUUCCAUCGCCAGCUGCUCGAACCUAACGUAUCUGUCGCUGUGGGGGAACAAUUUCGCCGGCAAGAUACCCGCCGGAAUCGGGAAGCUCGCCGGACUCGAGACGCUGAUUCUCGGCAAGAACCGCUUCGACCAGCGGAUUCCGCCGGAGCUGACGAACUGCACGUCUCUCCAGUUCUUGGACAUCAGCAGCAACUCGUUCGGAGGCGACAUGCAAGAGAUUCUUAGCAAGUUCGUGACGUUGAAGUACCUCGUGCUGCAUCACAACAACUACACCGGCGGCAUCGUCUCCUCCGGCGUGCUCCGGCUGCCGCUGCUCGCCAGGCUCGACCUUAGCUUCAACCAGUUCUCCGGCGAGCUGCCUCUCGAGGUUGCCGACAUGAAGAGCCUCAAGUACCUGAUGCUCCCCGGGAAUGGGUUCUCCGGUGGGAUUCCGCCGGAGUACGGCCGUCUCACCGAGCUCCAGGCGCUCGACUUGUCGUACAACAACCUCACCGGCAGGAUACCGGCGAGCAUCGGGAACCUCACGUCGCUGCUCUGGUUGAUGCUUGCCGGGAACCAGCUCUCCGGCGAGAUACCGCCGGAGAUCGGCAACUGCAGCAGCUUGCUCUGGUUGAACCUGGCCGACAACCGGCUGACCGGCAAGAUUCCGCCGGAGAUGGCAGAGAUAGGGAGGAACCCCGCCCCGACGUUCGCCAAGAACCGGAGGGAUCUCAGCGUGCUGGCUGGCUCCGGCGAGUGCCAGGCCAUGAGGCGGUGGAUCCCGGCGAGCUACCCGCCGUUCAACUUCGUGUACACGGUGAUGACGCGGGAGAAUUGCCGCAGCAUAUGGGACCGGAUUCUCAAGGGCUACGGGAUCAUCCCGAUCUGCACCAACUCGUCGUCGCCGGUGAGGUCCAACACGAUCGCCGGCUACGUGCAGCUGUCCAACAACAUGCUCUCCGGCGAGAUACCGCGGCAGAUCGGCGCAAUGCGGAACCUCAGCUUGCUCCACCUCGACCACAACAAUCUCACCGGCACCCUGCCGCCGGAGAUCAGCAAGCUGCCGCUCGUCGUGCUGAACGUCUCGAAAAACGGAAUCUCCGGCCGGGUACCGGCGGAGAUCGGCCACAUUCUGUGCCUCGAGAUACUGGACCUGGCCUACAACAACUUCUCCGGCGAGCUCCCGGCGAGCCUUGGUGGCCUGACCGGGCUGAACAAGUUCAACGUGUCGUACAACCCGCUUCUCUCCGGCGUCGUCCCCACCACCGGCCAGCUGGGCACCUUCGACGAGCAGUCCUUCCUCGGCGACCCCCUCAUCACGUUGCAGGAUCGAGGCCCUCGACAGCAGAAAACGCCACCGGCCGCCAUUAGAGGGCACAGGAUGUCGCGCAGAGCCAUCGUGCUGUGGUUCGUCUUCUCCCUCAUCAUCGCCUUCAUCGCCGGCACGGUCCUGUUCAUCAUGCCCAACCUGCGGGCGCGGUUCCCGGUGGACCAGGACCCGGACCCCGAGUCGCUCUUCGGUGAGAACCCCAAGUUCGGCGGUGGCGACGGCGGCAAGUGCGCGGCGUUCCAGAUGUCGGCCACGUCGUCGCCGCCGUCCGGGUCGUCGUGCGUGACCGGGUGCUCGUCGUCGUCGGAGGGGGUGAAGGUGUUCCGGCUCGACAAGACGGCGUUCACCUACCGCGACAUCGUGGCGGCCACCAGCGGCUUCUCCGACGACCGCGUGAUCGGGCGUGGCGGGUACGGCGUGGUGUACCGCGGCGUGCUCCCCGACGGCCGCGACGUGGCGGUCAAGAAGCUCGCCAGGCUCCGCGACUGCGGCGGCGGCGACGACAGCGGCGAGCGCGAAUUCCGCGCCGAGAUGGAGGUGCUCGCCGAUCGGAUGGGGUUCACGUGGCCGCACCCGAACCUCGUCACGCUCUACGGCUGGUGCCUCGCCGGGUCGGCCAAGAUCCUGGUCUACGAGUACCUCGACGGCGGCAACCUGGAGGCGCUCAUCGGCGACCACGCCGCGUUCGGUCGCCGCCGGCGGCUGGACGCGGCCAUCGGCGUGGCGCGCGCGCUCGUGUUCCUGCACCACGAGUGCCACCCCGCCGUGGUGCACCGCGACGUGAAGGCCAGCAACGUGCUCCUCGGCCGCGACGGCGGCGCCAAGGUGACGGACUUCGGGCUGGCACGGGUGGUCCGCCCCGGCGACACCCACGUCAGCACGAUGGUGGCCGGCACGGUGGGGUACGUGGCUCCGGAGUACGGCCAGACGUGGCGCGCCACGACCAAGGGCGACGUGUACAGCUACGGCGUGCUGCUCAUGGAGCUCGCCACGGGCCGCCGCACCGUCGACGCCGGCGAGGAGGAGUGCCUGAUCGAGUGGAGCCGCCGAAUGGCCAAGGAAGGGUGGCCGGCGAAGGGCGGCGCCACCAGCGGCACGGUGCUCUGGGACAUGCUCAUGCUCGGAAUGCGGUGCACCGCCGACACGCCGCAGGAGCGGCCGGACAUGCCGGACGUCCUCGCCGCAUUACUCGACAUCGCCGACGCCGACGGCGGCGCGAUCAGCAGCAGAAGCUCAUCCCACGCUGACGCCGCCGGCGAGUAAUCCAACAUUUUCCUCACAUAGUCAACAUAGGUGUAGUCAAAUCUCACCAACAAACACAAAACAAACCCAUUCUUCCUCUUCUUCCUUCACAAAAUUUUGUUCCCAUUCUUGAUGUGAAUAAUACAAGGUAGGAUCACCCCCAAACAAAAGGAAAUUUUGGUUGUAAACACCACAUCUUCCCUAUGUAAAUGCAUCAAAACAACAAUCUUUGGUUUCCAAUCCAUUUGUUACUAUUCAUCA